UCAUCUACACUUUCAUCUAACAGAAUUACACUCCACGAACCCCAAAUUUUCUCAUAUCUUACCCCUUCAAAGCCAGACCAGGAACACGUUGGUCUCUUAAUAUCCUCAAACACUAAUUAGUUCAACUCUUGCCGAAGCAACAAAGCCGUGCCAACUAAGUCGAUUCUUGAUUCGUCCACCAUCAUGCAGUCCCACCGUAUGAACAUCGCCACUGCCAUCCUCGGCCUCGCCGCUGCAGUCAAUGCAGUUGGCAACAGCUGGAACCUCUCAUGUGGAAGUACCUGUGAUGAUGACCUUACUGUCGUCGCUUCGGGAGACUACAGUUCAGGCACACAGACCUGCGGCAACUUCCCAGCCGAGUACAGCGUCUGCACUCUGGACGUGGAUGAGUCGGUGACCUGGGGCGAGCUGUACGGAUGGAUCAGCGAGGGUGAGGAUUGUGUUGGAACCGAGGAGCAGGAUAGCACCUUUGAAGCCGGCGUUUGCACGUCUGUGGCUGACUAUCAGUCUUAUAUUGUUGUCUUCGAGGUGUAAGGCGGGGAGAGAGACUUAGUGCAGACCAUAGCAUGGCUUGAGCUUGAAAAUUACGUCCUCGAUUG